UAUAUGACACUCAACGCCCUACAUCCUCUCACUCUUCUUCAUCACUUCAUCUAAUGAACAGUCACCUCUUCGCCGGAAUGCCGGAUUUUGGCAACAACAAAAAGUUCUUUUUCAGGGUUUUUGCUUCAAUCCUACUUUUCUCUGCUGUUAAUGGCAUUGUAGUCGGAGUUAACUCUCAAUCCCCUAACAUCAACAUCGAGUCCUCCACAGCUCACGUCAUCGUCAAAUCAUCCUGUAGUGCCACCCUACACCCGGAUCUAUGCUACUCCACACUUUCCGGUAUCCCUGAAAUCACCGAAAAAAUCACAACUCCAAAAGACGUCAUCGAACUCGCUGUCAAUAAAACCAAAGAGAUAGUCCAAAGAAACUACUUCACCAUAAAGAAGCUUACAGUUAAGACUGAUCUCACGAAACGUCAGAAAAUCGCUCUCCAUGACUGUCUGGAGAUGGUCGCCGAGACACUUCAAGAACUCAACCAGGUCCUCGCUAUCCUGAGUGCUUAUCCGAUGAAGAAAGGGAGUCGCCGACAUGUUGAUGGCUUGAUGACACUUAUGAGCACCACAUUGACCAACCAGGAAACAUGCAUCGACGGAUUCUCACACGACAAACAUGAUAGGAAGCUUCGUGAAUCGCUUAUCGCUGGAGAGAUCCACGCCGAGAAGUUGUGUAGUAUAUCAUUAGCAAUGAUCAAGAACAUGACCGACACAGAUAUGGCCAACCAAGUCGAGAUAAAUGGGCGGAAGUUAAAGGAGGAGGAGGAUGACGAGUGGCCGGAGUGGUUGUCCAUUGGUGACAGAAAGCUGUUGCAGUUAGGGACAGUGACGCCUAACGUGACUGUAGCCGCGAAUGGAAGUGGUAACUUUACAACGAUUUCUGCUGCCGUGGCUGCUGCUCCGGCUUCAAGCGCAACCAGGUAUGUGAUUAGGAUAGCAGCAGGGGUGUACAGGGAAAAUGUCAACAUUCCUAGUAAUAAAAGGAACUUGAUGUUUCUGGGUUCCGGAAGAACUUCCACAAUAAUCACCGGAAGCAGAAGUGUUGCCGGCGGCAGCACCACAUUCAAUUCUGCAACUGUCGCGGCUGUGGGUGCUGGAUUUCUAGCGCGGGACAUAACGUUUCAAAACACCGCUGGUCCGUCAGGGAACCAAGCGGUGGCGCUACGAGUCGGAUCCGAUCUCUCUGCAUUCUACCUAUGUGACAUGAUAGCAUACCAAGACACCCUUUACGUCCAUUCCAAUCGUCAAUUCUAUAUCAACUGCUUCAUAGCAGGCACAGUCGACUUCAUAUUUGGCAAUGCUGCAGCCGUUUUUCAAAAUUGUGAUAUACACGCUCGUCGUCCUAACCCAAACCAAAGGAACAUGGUUACAGCUCAAGGCCGAAGCGACCCUAACCAGAAUACAGGAAUUGUGAUACAAAAAUCAAGGAUAGGAGCUACAUCAGACCUUCUACCGGUGCAAGGAAGCUUUCCGACAUACCUAGGGAGGCCUUGGAGGGAAUACUCGAGGACAGUGGUGAUGCAAUCAACGAUAAGCAACGUGAUAAAUCCGGCAGGAUGGUUUCCUUGGAACGGGGAUUUUGCACUUAAUACGUUGUAUUACGGAGAGUACCAAAACACAGGGGCUGGAGCUGCUACGGCGAAUAGAGUGACAUGGAGAGGGUACAGGGUGAUUAGGGAUGCUACGGAAGCUGGAGGUUUUACUGCCGGAAACUUUAUCGAUGGUGGUAGUUGGUUAAGAGCCACCGGCUUCCCUUUCUCUCUUGGGCUGUGAUUUUGUUUGUGUGAUCUGGAAUAAGUUUUUUGAAUCCUAAUAACUGAAUAAGAAAAGGAUCCACACUUUUGUAUCGGCUACUUGUUAAUCCUCUCCAGAUUAAAUAUGUUUUAUAGAUUCCAAUACCAGAUUAAAACUUGUGUAA